CCUUCUCCAACCCCACCUUCUAUUCCCUGGCCUGCGCCAAGCCCUCUCUCAGGUCACACAUGUCCAGUUCCAGAUCCCAGGUCCCAGAGUCUGGGAACUAUCUCUGGAAAAGCCCUCACUCCGCAAGCUGCCCAGGCAUGAUGUGGUGGCUGCUCCUCUGGGGAGCCCUCCAGGCUUGCCCCACACAAACCUCUGUCCUCUUGGCCCAGCAGCUACCUCAGCAGCUGACAUCCCCCAAGUACCCAGAACCGUAUCUCAAAGGCCAAGAGAGCACCACUGACAUCGAGGCUCCAGAAGGCUUUGCCGUGAGGCUCAUCUUCCGGGACUUCGACCUGGAGCCAUCCCAGGACUGUGAACAGGACUUUGUCACAAUCUCGGCCCACGGGAUAGAGCCAAGCCGGUUCUGUGGCCAGCAGGAGCCCCCUCUGGGCAGCCCUCCUGGUCACAGGGAGUUCGUGUCCUCAGGGAGGACUCUGCGGCUGACCUUCCAUGCACACAGCUCCUCCAAGGACAAGAGCACCCCCCUCCACAAGGGCUUCUUGGCCCUCUACCAGGCCGUGGCUGUGAACUGUAGCCAGCCCAUCGGCAAGGCCAGCGGCAGCUCGGAGGCUGUCGGCACACCUGCAGAUGACCCCUCUGAGACCCAGAACCACUGCCAAGAACCCUAUUACCAGACGGUACCAGCAGGGACACUCACCUGCACAGACCGGGGAACCCGGAAGGACAGACAGGAUGGGGAGCAGGCACCUCGGUGUGAGCCUGUCUGUGGACGGCCGGUCAUCCCCAUUGCCCAGAACCACAAGACCCAUGGCUCCUCCAGAGCUAAGCCAGGCAACUUCCCCUGGCAAGCCUUCACCAACAUCUAUGGCCGUGGAGGCGGAGCCCUGCUGGGCGACAGAUGGAUCCUCACCGCCGCCCAUACCAUCUACCCCAAGGACAGCAUCUCUGCCAGGAGGAACCUGAGCGUGGAUGUCUUCCUGGGCCACACAGACAUCGAAGAGAUGCUGAAACGGGGAAACCAUCCCGUCCGCCGCGUUGUUGUGCAUCCAGACUACCGUCAGGACGAGUCCCACAACUUUGAUGGGGACAUCGCACUCCUGGAGCUCCAGCACCAGGUCCCCCUGGGCCCCCAUGUCCUCCCGGUCUGUCUGCCUGACAACGAGACUUUCUACCGCAGCGGCUUGUUGGGCUACGUCAGUGGGUUUGGGGUGGAGGCAGGCUGGUUAACGACCAAGCUGAAGUACUCCAGGCUGCCCGUGGCUCCGAGAGAGGCCUGUGAGGCCUGGCUCCGACAGAGGCAGAGCACUGAGGUGUUUUCCGGCAACAUGUUCUGCGUCGGAAAUGAGACGCAGAUACACAGUGCCUGCCAGGGGGACAGUGGUAGUGUCUAUGUGGUAUGGGAUGACCAUGCCCAUCGCUGGGUGGCCACGGGUAUCGUAUCUUGGGGCAUUGGGUGUGGCAAGGGGUAUGACUUCUACACCAAAGUUCUCAGCUACGUGGACUGGAUCCGGAGAGUGAUGGAUGGCAGGGACUGACCCUGGGUGCUUGAGCAGCGGCCAACCAGCACCAUGGAGGCCCCAGUCAAGGGAGGGUUGGGAGUGAGGACUGAACCCUGUGGGGCAAGGGCAAGGAAUCCCUACUCAGGUUACAGGUGCAACAAGUCAUUGGUGGAGAGAAAUCCUCCUUCCCUCAAGUCUACACCAUCUCAGAUAAAAAAGGGUGUCCCACAGCCCCUGUUGGCCCUCUCCCUUCCUCGUCUGCACUGUACCAAGGACCCCUUACGUGUCAGCAGCUUGUGCCUGGUGUCUUCUGGAUCCCCUUCCUCUACUUCGACGUCCCUUCUAUACUCCCCUGUGGAAAGUCACCUUCUCGCUCUCUGUUCAAGUGGAGUAUGGAGGACAAGGCGUUAUUUGCUUUUCAUUUCUGACACAUUCCAAAGACCCUUCAUUGAGUCUUCAAAGAUUAAGGCCAUUGGCAUCCCCACCUAUCACAAGUCCCAGGCAAUGCAGUGAGAGCUCCUUGUCUGUCCUGUCUGUACAUACUAGAUAUUCAUUCUGCACACCUCACACCACGUUUGCAAAGAUGUGUUACUAUCCACAUUUACCCUUGAGACUGAAGCUCGGGGAGAAAAAGUGGUUCGCCCACUUCCCACAGCGGGUAGGUGACUGCAACGGCUGUGUCUUACCAGUAGGCCAUGACACUUCCCAGUGGUCCUCAAGCAUUUGAAUCACUCAUUCUCCCGUCCCGGUCGCCA